AUGCCCAGUGUCCUCUUGCUAGCAGUAAAGCAGGAGCGAGAUUCAAUAGUGGAGUUUAUACUGGCCGAAUGUCAUUGUGAUCCGAAUGUGACCGACAAAGAAGGCAAGACACCUCUCGAUUUAUCCAACGACCCUACCAUCAUAAAGCUCCUCUUGAAACAUGGAGCCAAGGCUACCAAUGUCUACAAGAAACACAGCAAGCUCAUCGGAAAGCUCUCCUCCGAGCGACUCCCACACCUUCCUCUGUCUGUGCUCAUCAUUGGCGAUGGUGGCGUGGGGAAGAGCACUCUGUUGAAGUCAAUUCUGAGCCCAAAAGGGUUUUGGUCUAAACUACAGAAGACAAGACCCGUAGAUGGCGUCGAUGCGAGGACAGUGGGGAUCAUACCAUACGAAAUAUACACCAAAGAAUUUGGGAGAAUCAUCUACUUUGAUUUUGCUGGCCAGAAAGAGUUUUACACGAGCCACUGUGCCAUUUUGGAGAAUGCUGUUCAAACCUCACCACCCAUCAUUAUCCUCUGUGCUAAGCUUGUAGAAAGUGAGCAAGCGAUUAUUGAUUCCAUGUAUCGUUGGUUGACCCUCGUUCAAAACCAGUGCACUAAUCUGAAAGGCAAAGCACACGUGAUAGUAGUUGGUAGCCAUGCUGACAAGGUGAAGGAAAUGAGUCAAAAUCCACAAGCCAAAGAGAGUAUCUUUGCCCCCAUUAUCAAGCAAUUCCCAAAGUUUGAGUUCAAAGAUUUCAUUCCAAUGGAUUGCCGCUUUGCUGGUUCGAAUGAUAUGACAAAAGCAAGAAAACUGAUCCAGAAAAGCUCCGCUAUUCUCCGCUCUCCAGAAGCCAUCAGCCUGAAUGCUCACACCUUUUACAUCUACCUUGCCGAAAGCUUCAAAGACGACCUUGCUUUGUCGUUGGGAAAUGUAUAUGAAAGAAUUAAAAGCGAUCUUAACGAGGAUCUGUCAAUCCGCACUCAAGAUAUUCUUUCUUUCAUACCCAGCACUGUCCCUCACCUUGUAGAGAUCUGUGACCAGCUGCAUAAAAGAGGUCUCCUCUUGUUUCUCCGCAAUGACAGCUCUCCAGAGAAGUCUUUCUUAGUGAUUGACCAAGCAACACUUCUAUCCAGAGUCACUGGAACCGUGUUUGCUCCUGAAGGUUUUCGCCAACACUGCAAGCUAGCGUCAAGCACUGGAGUGGUGCCUUUGUCGAAAUUCAAAAAAGAAUUUGAUGGCUUUGACAUAGAGAUGUUGAUUGCCUACAUGUCUCAUUUAGAGCUGUGUUUCGAAAUCUUAGAUGAGCGAGUUUUAAACUUCAUUGCUUCUUCCACUGACGGAGAUUCUUCUGUUCCUGCGUCUGACAGAUACCUCUUCUUUCCUGGGCUCAUUCGAAUUGAAACACCAGAGCAAGUUUGGAAAGACGUUCAAAGUAUUAGGUACCAUUUUGGUUGGAUACUUGAAACAUCUCAAAAAACCGAGUUUUUUGAUUCUCGCUGCCUUCAGGUCCUCAUUCUGAGGAUAGUGUUCACAUUCCGCCUUGCCCCUGCCAGUAACAUAAUGCAUGAUGUCCCUUCCCUACAAAAAUUCUGCUCAGUGUGGAAGAAUGGGAUCUGCUGGUGCGAUGAUGAUGGAAUCACCGCACACCUCGAGCUUGCUGAUAAUGGCCGAUCUCUUGCUCUCAAAAUGCGCUCAGACACAGUUCGACCUGAAGGUCUGAUUCAUCGCUCCAGAAUUAUGAGCACAAUCCGUGAGACUGUUGAAAGUUUUGGCCGCAAUGUGAAUGUGAUUGAAUCAGUGAUUGAUCCAGAUGAAGUUGUCAAACAUCCUCUGAAAAAUCCCUCUGACCUCCCACUGAUCAACAUCAAAGAUAUUGCUGCAGCUGUCUCCUUUAACAGAAGAAUGAUCAAAUCAAUACAACAAGUUGGCCUCACCUUCAAGCAUCUCUUACAGUUUGAGCCGUCCGCUGGCCUGGAUCAAACCACCAUACAGUGUAUCCACAGUGACAAAAAUGCCAAGAAAGAUGAGAAAAUAUCCAGAGCUUUCAUUUCAUAUUUUGCCAGUCAAAUUUCCAACCCUGACAGUGAAGAUCAUGAUCAAGUAGUUCAAAACAGUCGCAUGUACAGAAGAAUCCUGAGCCCUUCCAUUCUCAAUAUUCCGCUAGUCAGUCCCAGACAAUCUCGAGCUUCUAAUGUCAACAUUAAGUCGGUCAGUCCCAGACAGGAGGUGGUCCAGGCUCUUGAGAUGUGGAGGAGUGAGACUGAGGGAACUUACAGCUGUCUGAGGGAGACUCUCAACAAGUACAGCGUCUUCACUGGGAGAAACCCUCUGAACCUAGCAAGUGUGGCUCACAGCGAGGUUGAUCUCUCUAUAUUCCCUGAACCUCUUGCUACAGAUGAUACAGGAGAAGAUUUGCUACCACUAGAUAAAGUAAAGAAUGCAGUCAUUGCGAUCACUGCUGACUGGUACAGUCUGGCAAUACAGCUGGAUAUUGACUACACAACUAGAAAGGUCAUUGAGCGUGACCACCCAUCAGCAAAAGCUGGGUUCCAUGCCAUGUUGCAGCACUGGGUGAGGAGACCCUCCCCUCCCCCCUCCUGGUCGGCCCUCAUUAGAGCACUAAAGUGCCCCGUCAUCAAACGAGCAGACAUUGCAGCAGACAUGGAGAAACAUCAGGAUGUGUUGGGAGUAUCUAGAGAUGGUGAAUCAUCCAAUCCCUCUCAGGAUCAGCAAAAUGUAUUUGUCCAAAAAGAGCCACUCAGUGUGGACCAGCACUUGAAGGUGGUGAGAGAGACCACCUGGGAAGCAAGAGCUAAAUGGAAGUGUCUGGGAGAACAGUUGGGAGUUACCAUGGGGAAAUUAGAGGAGAUUCAGCACAAUCAUCGUGAUGUAGCUGGAGCUUGUUUAACUGGCAUGCUGGAGCACUGCACCGACCCUCCCCCCUCCUGGUUCGCUCUCAUUGAGGCUCUCAGAUCCCCUGCUCUUGGUCGGGGGAACAUUGCCAGUGAGAUUGAGACUAGAUCACUACCACACCAUAGACAAGUGGACACAUGA